AGCCGCCACACCGACGCCUGAGGUGGGUGGAGACUGAGUGGUGAUGCUGCCAACGCUGCUGCCACCUGAAGGACGAGGACAGAAAAGUGGCUGAGAUAUGAGUUAACAAUGAGAAAAGUUGAGAUCAGGUGAGAAGAAAGGAAUGUGAGAGACAGGCAGACACAUGUUGGACCACAGCAGCAGCAGCAGCAGCAGCAGCAGCAGCAGCAGCAGCAGACAUGCGAGGGUACCGAGGAAUCAAAUACACCCUGUUCAUCUGCUGUUAUGUCUUCUGGGUCUUUAGCUCCGUCCUUAUUGCCGUCGGAAUCUACGCCAAAAUGGCAAAAGAGAAAGACGUUGUGGACACUCUAACUGUAGACCCAGCUUUACUUCUCAUCACCAUCGGUUCCCUCAUGUUUCUAAUCACCUUCCUUGGAUGUUGUGGAGCCCUGAGGAACGCCACCUGUCUGCUGAAGACAUUCCUAGGGAUCCUGGUACUGAUUCUGUUGCUGCAGGUCGGAGCUGCAGUGCUUGGAUUUCUUUUCACUGACAUGGUGAUGGAGAGGACAGAGCUGCUCAUGAUCAAGGCUGUGGUCCGCUAUCGGGAGGACUGGGACCUGGAGAACGCCAUUGACUUCAUCCAGAAGAAGUUCCAGUGCUGUGGAGUCCAACAUUAUCAGGACUGGUCCCAGAACCAGUACUUCCAGUGUUCAGAGACCAACCCCAGUGUGGAGGCCUGUGGAGUUCCUUUUUCCUGCUGCGUUCCACUGGAGAACCAGACGGUGCUCAACACCAUGUGUGGCUAUGGGAUGCAGCAGUCUGACGCUGACGCUGAAGUUUUCACUGUCGGCUGUUUGGAGAAAAUUGUCUCUUGGGCCAAAAACAACCUGAUCCUAGUGGCAGGUCUGACUGGAGCGCUUCUGCUGCUGGAGGUCUGUCUCAUUGUUCUGGCUGCAGCUCAGAUGUCCUGGAUUAAGAGAGUCAAACACAGAGAAGAAAAAAAGACGAUCAGGAAGACAGACAGGAAGGACAGCCUGUGGUAUCCUGCGUUCACCGACUUUGAUGACGAGUGACAGGCUGCAGCUUUGUUUUUUUAACGCUCUCCACGUCUCUAACCUUGACGUCCUCAGAGAAAAUAUAUAUAUGUAUAUAUAUGCAUAUAUACAUGUAUGUACAUAUAUGUAUAUACUGUAUGUGUAUAUCCAUAUAUACUGUAUAUACAUACAAUGUAUACAUACACAUAUAUUUAUAUAUGUAUAUAUAAAUAUAUAUGUGUGUAUAUAUAUAUACACACACAUGUAUGUAUAUAUUGCGGUAAGUUGCGGUCAAUAAAUACGUAAAUGUGAACAGAACAGUGUCUACAUUAAUAUGUAAAUAUAUAUGUCUAAUAUAUGUCCUACUGACUCUUUUCAUUGGUCUACAUUUAAGGGAUUGUUUGUUCUAAAGUGAUCAAACAUUGGCUAAAAAUAUAUAAAAUAUAAAAUGGUCCAAAAGUUAAAAAUAAAGGCUUUAACAGAACUUCCGUUAACAUAUCUGGGCCAGAACCAACAUGGGCCAGAUAUCUGGGCCAGACUUACAUUGACAGAACACUGCAACUGAGAGAAGAAGAAGAGGGAGAAUCGGGCCUUCCCUGGAAUACCAGCACGCAGCCCAACUGAGACCUUUGACCUUCCUGUGUUCACCAACACACACCACAGCGUGGAAGGAAACAGAAGGCACAGUGAUCAAGGGAAGAUCAGAAACAGACCUGACCGGACUGGACCAUGGUCAGAUUGAGGCAGUUAAUUAUUGAGUCCAAAGUUAAAUUAUUCAACUUACGUGGAAUCCGGACUGGACCGAAACAAACAGCCUGGACUCCAGACCAUGGACACUGACCACUGAGUCCAGGAGGGGUGAGUGAGAGACCCAGGGUGAGAACUGGUGACAUGGGUUAGGACUGAUGAGCAGGGAGACACAGCUGAGUGAAAUGACACUGACAACAAAGAGGAGGGGAACAUGUUAGCAUUCUCCACUAGCUGAGCACAGCUCGCAGAGCAUGCUAACAUAUUAACAUAUUAAACAGUGUUAACUAGCAGCAUGAACCAGUAAGAAACUCAGGAUCGUCUGCAAUUGUUUCUGUCUUUAUUAAAAUCACUACGACGACAAGGAUCAAAGUUAAAAACACGCAGAGAUUAAAGAGACGACCACACCGACGACCUGGACCUCAGGAGGUCUGGUCAGGGUUCAGCCUCUGGACCACAGUGACCUCGACACUGAAUACUGGAGCAAAUAGUGCUGUUUGCCAUUAGGGGGCGACAGUGCUGCUCCUAAAAAGAAGUGCUUGUGAUGGAAGUCAAUAGGUACAUUUUCAUCACAGGAACCAGAACCAGAAAAACCAGAACAUUUUAAGUGGAGGAACCGGGGACAGUACUGGUACCAAUGUGUAGCUGGUUGGUCAGAAAAAACUGAUGGAUUUUCUUAAAACCAAGGUCCAAAAACAGAACUGUUUUAUUGGACUGUAUUGGACCAUGGAACGGGUUCCAGGGAAGUCAUGUGACUGAUUGUUUGGACUGUUUGGUGUCACAGGAAUUAGAGAACUGAAUGACAAAAACUUGACUGAUGUAAUUUGACCUCUGACCUAUGAUCAGAUUCAUCUGAAGAAUGAACUCACCAAAUGUAAUUGUGACACUUUUUUAAAUAGUUCCAAGGACUAAUUAUUUUACUGGUACUUUUGUUGUUGUGGAACUUUUAUAUUUCUGGAAUCACCCAGGGUAAG